GUCAAAAUAGAAAGAAAAGUAAACAAAAAAGAAGAACAACCUGCACAAACCUUUGUUAUUUUUUUUUGUUUUGUUAUACGGCAACAAAUGUUUAUAACAAAUGCAUAGUUAUUUUUGUAAAUAAGAGCAAAAUAGUAGAGAAUAAUUAAAUACUCCACACAAUAGUUAGUUGAUAUUCGGUUAAUUAGAAGACAUGAUGUUAAUUUGUAUACUUCUCCAUAUCGUCACGUCACUAGUUUUAAUAACUGCUACUGACGACGAAUACUCCACGUAUGUAGGACGCAAACAGAUAAAAUACAACACGAUGGAAAUGGCAGACAGAGAAUUUGGGAAGCUUAGUCGACUUUCGAAUACAACCCAUCUUCGAGAAGCUGUUAAUAAAAUACUAAUCCCACGGGUUGUGGGAACCGAGGGCCAUAAAAAUGUUCGCAACUACAUUGUAAAAACCAUGCAAGACCUAAAUUGGUCGGUGACAAUAGAUUCUUUCGAUGAUACUGCCCCCAUUUUGGGAAAGCUUACUUUCCACAACAUAAUUGCCACAUUCAAUCCAAAUGCAGAACGAUACCUAGUUCUGGCAUGCCACUAUGACAGCAAAUACAUCCAGGAGUACGAGUUCCUGGGAGCCACCGACUCAGCAGUUCCUUGUGCCAUGUUGCUGAAUAUUGCCACGGUUAUGAACGAAGUCCUCAGUAGAUUCAGGCAUCAAAAACUGAGCUUGAUGUUUAUUUUCUUCGAUGGUGAGGAGGCAUUUGAAACGUGGGGACCCAACGACUCAAUCUACGGUGCCCGUCAUCUAGCGAAAAAGUGGCAAACCGAAAAGAAACUCGACCAAAUAGAUAUGUUAAUGCUCCUAGACCUACUGGGAGCUCCAGAUCCAAAAUUCUACAGUUGCUUCCAAAACACUGAAGAUUGGUAUUCGAAGCUGGCAGUUAUUGAGAAUCGUCUCUCUGAGUCUGGACUAAUGGAACGAUAUUCAACAAGUGGCAUGACACACGGAGAAGAAUUUCAUAAUCAAUAUUUUCAGCCACAUUCUCUUAAGACAGUCAUCGAAGACGAUCAUGUUCCAUUUCUUAGAUUAGGAGUACCAAUUGUGCAUUUGAUACCAAUACCAUUUCCAAAUGAGUGGCAUACAAAAGACGAUGACAUGUCAAUUAUUGACUACACAACAACCGAAAAUCUCAAUAGAAUUUUAAGAAUAUUCGUCAUGGAGUAUUUGAUUUCCUAUGAAGAUGAGGAUGACUACAACAACGAUGACGAAUAAAAGUAUAGAUUUUGUGAUUAAUUUUAAUUUUAUUUACCAGACAGAUGCUAAAAAAUGUUUCAAUUCGAUUUGGUCCCAAGGACCACCUUUUACUCUCUUGCGAAAAUUGUUUUUGGACUUAGGACUAUAAUAAUUAACUUAUAACUUGUGCUCCAGUGUUUUUUUUUGUUACUUAAUAAAAAUUCUUUUAAACUUUUAAA